AAUUUUCCCUAGUAUAUUCCCCGCGUCCAUUUCACGCGGGGCCUGCGAGCUCGCUCAGCCUCUCAGGAGCUCCAGCGAGGCUGGUGCAGGCCGAUUCGCCGCCGUCAGGACGUGCGACGCCUCGGCGCGGUGGCGCCGGAUCUGCCAGCACAUGAGCCUCCAUAUAGGAGUAUAGGACACACCUUUCAAGGAAUAGGAGCUGCAUCACGGCUCACAAGGAGCUGAGGGGACGCCAUGGUGGGCAAUCGACACAAGGGUCCGACGGAUGAUGAGCCCGACUCCGGAAGCGCAAGAUCAUCUGAUGACAUGGCUCCAGACGACCGCCGUUUUGGGGAUGGGAGCACGGGAACAUUUUCAUCCCCAUGGUGUACAAAUCCACCCCAAAUACCAUUCCCGUUCAUCGCUCCUCAUUUCUCGAUCCCGUCGUCCCGGGAACUUGGUAGUACGUCCCGGAAACUUGGUUACUGCGUUCCAGACAAAGCUAAACGUAGGAAACGACAGACUCGGUCUUCAAUAAAUGCUAUGACAAAUGAGGGCAAAGACAUCAUGAGGCUGCUAGCAGAACUCAAGGACCAGAUGCGCGAACAAUCAAUGCAGCUUACUGAAAGUAAUAGUGAAAUACGCAAGCAGAUGGGGAAUCUUAUUGAAAGUCAAAAUGGUCAAAGCAAAGUGUUGGAGAAGCUUAUUGAAAGUCAGAAUGGCCAAAGCAAAGAGUUGGAGAAGCUUACUGCAAGUAUCAGGAAACAAUUGGAGUUUCAUACUAACAUCACAGGUCAUGCUGAAUCUGAUGCUCCAAGAUCACAAAUGAAUCAAGUGCCGCCACCUAGAUACCGACUGGAAUUCAGAUCUGCGCCUACUGGCAAAAUAAUAACGGGGAAAACCAUAAAGAUAAGUGUAGCUCUAGUUGAAGUUAGUAGUGGUCGACCCGUAGAAAAUGGACCCCUUGCUUCCGGAACAGUUGAGUUGGUUGUCGUUAACGCAGAGUUCAAUCAACAUAAUAAUCGAUACUAUUGGCCCAGAGAGGAUUUUGAGAGCAACAUAACAAAACCACGACGUGGGAAUUCGGCAACAGGGGGUGUGGACCAGUCAGUAAAAUCAAUAGUGAGUAACGGCCGAUUUAACCUUAAUCGAGGGGUUAUAAGUUACAGUGGUUCUGCAAUAUUUGAAAACUCCCACAACAGGAAGGUUAGGCUUGGGGCGAUGCUAGUGUUGCCAACUGGGGAACGAGUUCUGGAAGCAUUAUCAGAUCCUUUGUUAGUGCGGGACCAUGUCCAGUCAGGAAAACAAAGUAACUUGCACCCUAACAGCUCAAAUGGACAAAGGCAAGGUCUAGGUGACAAUGAUUAUCAAGAAGAAAAUAGCUCAAGGCCUAACAUGCAACAACCAUCAUGGCCAAAUUCAACUCAUACUGGGGGAAUCAGAUCGAAUAUAAUUGGAGGACAAUCACAGCUUCCAUUUCUAGGAACCUCUAAUAUGCUUUCUACAGAACCAUUUACCAGUCAAGAACAACAGUCUUCUAUACAACAAUACCAAAGUCCUCGUGUGCCAAUGGUGGCCCAAGCUACAUACAACCAAAAUGGAUCGAAUAUAAUUGGAGGACAAUCACAGCUUCCAUUUCUAGGAACCUCUAAUAUGCUUUCUACAGAACCAUUUACCAGUCAAGAACAACAGUCUUCUAUACAACAAUACCAAAGUCCUCGUGUGCCAAUGGUGGCCCAAGCUACAUACAACCAAAAUGGAUCGAAUAUAAUUGGAGGACAAUCACAGCUUCCAUUUCUAGGAACCUCUAAUAUGCUUUCUACAGAACCAUUUACCAGUCAAGAACAACAGUCUUCUAUACAACAAUACCAAAGUCCUCGUGUGCCAAUGGUGGCCCAAGCUACAUACAACCAAAAUGAUACCACGCUCGGUUUCUCUCGGCCCAGUACCCCACCCCGCACGUUAUCGGCCCAAACGAUGCUGCCAGCCUAGCCUUCCAGUCUGUUACCCCGUAAUUUCACCCGGGCCAUUUCCCCUCCGGCGGCGGCGCUUGGGCUCGCCGGCGAUGCACCUGGCCGCAGAGGGAGUGUGGGAACAUCGCCGCCUUCCGUCGACGCCAGCUCGAGCUCUACGAUACGUACGUGGACAGAUGCGGGCAACGGAAUGGCUCUGACUUCUGUCUGCUACCCUGCUGGGAAAAUAAAAACAUUAUGCACUGCUUACUGCUACACGUACUAAACCAGCGACGUUGCUUAAUUUCUUGUUAAUUUGCCUUCUUUCGAUGCAAAUGUUUACACUGUCGAAUCUCCAAACCUGCUCAUGGUUUCUUUUCAUGCUGUUUACUUGGCUUC